UGACUGUUUGAUUAACUAUGAAUCGAAAUGUGAUUAAAAGUGUGGCUGGUAAAGUUAACAACAUUUUGAAAGAUUCCAAAGGUUUAACUCCUCUUGCUCAUCUUGAUUAUUCAAAGCAACUAAUUGUAAAGCAAAAAAAGAUAAGUACAAUUUUAAAAAGUCUCACCAUUAAAUUGAAAGAUAUCAAUUCGUCUAUUACCCCUGAUGAAUCUGGAUUACCUUGUUUGUUGGAAAAUAUUGAACCAAGUCCUGUGAUUGAAGGAUAUCGGAAUACUGAUGAUUUCUCAAUUUGGCCUGGACCCGAUGGGAAUCCUAAAACUGUUGGUUUUAUUUUGGGAAAAAUUGGUAAAUCUUUUCAACUGCCAAUCUGUUCACCUCCUGAUAAAUUUAAAAUCGUCAAAAAUAGUCACCAAAUUCUUGCUGGUAAAUUUCAAGAAUACUUGAGAAAUCAAUCACCAUUAGAUGUUUGUCUUGAUUUCUCCAAGGGUGGACAUUGGAAAAGAUUUUGUGUUCGUAGUAAUGAUUUCGAUGAGCUUAUGGGCAUCGCUAUUUUACAUCCACAGAAUUUAUCAUCUAAUCAAUUGGAAGAUGAGCAUAAUCGACUGAUCAACUUCUUCUCACCGAUUGCUAAAAGUAUUAAUCUUAAUUCUUUAUACUUUCAGGCCUGUCCCGGAGUUCGUUGUACUCAUUCUAGAGCUCCUUUCAAAUUGUUGUAUGGAAGUGAACACAUCGACGAAGUAAUUAACGGUGUUAAAAUUAGAAUCACCCCUGAACCUUUUAUCCAAAUUAACAAAAGUGCCGCUGAAAUUUUAUAUAAACGGAUAAUCGAGGAGAUUGAACCUCAAUCUAAUAUGACAAUUCUUGAUAUGUGUUGUGGCUCUGGUGUAUUGGCCUUACAAGUUGCACCAAUGGUUAAAGAAGUGAUCGGGAUCGAUUCAUGCGAACAAUCAAUCAUAGAUGCAACAAUUAACGCUUCAGUUAACAGCAUUACUAAUUGUAAAUUCAUUCAUGGCACAAUCGAAGAUCAUUUGAUGAACAUAAGUGAAAACCUUUACUCAGAUGAUCUUGUAAUGAUCAUGAACCCAGGAUCUGGUGGUUUAUCGAGUGGGGUAAUCAAUGUGAUCAGAAGAAUGUCCAAUGUGUCCAAGAUUAUUUAUGUCUCAUGUAAGCCCGAAGGUCAAUCAUUAAGGAACUUUGCUCAUCUUUGUUUACCUUUUCGACCAAUGGAUGACAUCCAGGGAGAUCCUUUUAUACCCGUUAAAGCGAUUCCGGUUGAUUUAUUUCCCCAAACCAAUCGAUGUGAAUUGAUUGUAACUUUUUCCCGAUAUUAGGAAUCCUAAUUUAGGAUCAAUUGGACAAACUUUAAUUACUUUGAAUAUUUUCUUUCUCCAUCCAAAUCAUUGUUCAUCAAUUCUUUACCAGCCUCAUACACAAUCACACACCAAAGAGAAAGAUUGACAAUCAAUAUGAUUUAGAUAAAAUGUUCUAAUAUUUUGUAUUAAUAUUUCUGUGU